ACGAUGUCAUCUGAAAGACACAAUGGACUCGAUGGCGAAUUUCUUUUCUGGCACGCGUAGGGACGACUUGGUGGACCUGGUGGGCUCGUAUCAAUUUGAUGACCAGGUGACGGAUAGCGGCGAUGUCUUCGCCAGGGACCCUUACAUCCUGAGAUUCCAAUGUCACCAAACAGUGUUGAAGGACCUGGUGAUGAUCCCCGUCCACACCAAACCGGAGGACUCGGAGACGGAGCUGGACGAGCUCUUUGACGUCUUUGAGCAUGUCAAGAUGAAGUGGCGAACUGAUGUAAGGAUAGUUU